ACGUGACCAAACUCCCGCGUUGACAGCGAAGUCUCGCCGCCGUAGUUUUACUUUGAGGUUAAAUCUGUGUCAAGCUUCCUACAGCCAAUUGCUGUUGCAAAUCGGGAUAUUCGGGGGCUACUUUAGACCAGAUACCGUAACGCGAACCCGCCGGUAACGCCCGGGCACCACUAUGCGACGUUUGACUGUCCUGCUGGCCCCUCUACUGUUGCUUCUCCUGGUCCUUCCAGUUUCCAGGGGGCGCUACAACGAUGAGUUUGAUGACAGCGAGGACCUCGCCGACUUUGAUGACAACGACUUUGCUGAGUUCGAGGACAUGAGUGACGACUCGCUGCCCGAGACGGGCACCGCCCCACCGACACCUGUGCGGGGCAGCCCCUCCUCACAGCCUAACGAAGAAGAGGAUGAAGACGAGGCCACAGUGGAGCUGGAGGAUGGCCAAGACGGUUUUGACGACUCUGACGGACAGGAUCAGGAUAUUUACAGUAAAUAUGACCAGGAGGAGUUUGAAGGCAUUGGAGACAUGGAGAAGACGGGCCACCCCAUGAAAGACCCCCUCAUAAUCCACACGGUUCCAGCACAUCUUCAGAACAGCUGGGAGAGCUACUACAUGGAGAUCCUGAUGGUGACGGGCCUGCUGGCCUACAUCAUGAACUACAUCAUAGGCAAGAACAAGAACGGACGCCUGGCUCAGUCCUGGUUCAAUUCUCACAGGGAGCUGCUGGAAAGCAACUUUGCCCUUGUGGGUGACGACGGCACGAGCAAAGAAGCAGUGAGCACGGGGAAGCUCAAUCAGGAAAAUGAACACAUCUACAACCUGUGGUGCUCCGGACGUGUUUGCUGUGAGGGUAUGCUCAUACAGCUCAAGUUCCUCAAGAGACAGGACCUGCUCAAUGUUCUGGCCAGGAUGAUGAGACCCACCUGUGACCAAGUGCAAAUUAAAGUGACUCUAAAUGACGAGGACAUGGACACAUUUGUGUUUGCCGUGGGUACCAAGAAAGCAAUGGCCCGCCUCCAGAAGGAGAUGCAGGACUUGAGUGAGUUCUGCGGCGACAAGCCAAAGUCAGGAGCCAAAUUUUGCCUUCCAGACUCUUUGGCUAUUCUUACGGAGAUGGGCGAGGUCACAGAUGGUGUGAUGGACAACAAGAUGGUUCAUUAUAUCACUAACCACGCUGACAAGAUCGAGUCCAUCCAUUUUUCGGAUCAAUUUUCUGGUCCAAAAGUUAUGCAAGAGGAGGGUCAGCCCUUGAAGCUACCCGAAACCAAGAAGACGUUGUUGUUUACAUUUAAUGUGCCUGGAAUGGGUAACACUUCUCCCAAAGACAUGGACGCUUUGCUGCCCCUCAUGAACAUGGUCAUUUACAGCAUUGAUAAAGUGAAGAAGCUACGUCUCAACAGAGAGGGGAAAAUGAAGGCGGAUCGCAACCGUGCCCGCGUGGAAGAAAACUUCCUGAAACAGACACACGCUCAACGCCAAGAGGCCGCCCAGACCAGACGCGAAGAAAAGAAGAGGGCCGAGAAGGAGAGGAUAAUGAACGAAGAGGACCCCGAGAGACAGCGUCGUCUUGAGGAAGCGGCUCAGAGACGAGAGCAGAAGAAAAUUGAGAAGAAGCAGAUGAAGAUGAAGCAGAUCAAAGUGAAAGCCAUGUGAAGUUUGCUCAUCAACUUCAUUGCACCUCCUGAUGGACAUUUUGGCUAUGCUCAAGCCGCUUCUACAGAUCCGUGACACCUUCACGGCAGCUAUGGAAAACAGUGGUCUUAAAGGCCACACAAAAAUAUAGAUAUUAUGGUUUGUUUUUUUUUUUUUUUUGCAUUCAGACCAACAGUCUGAAAGUAGCCUUUGUCACUAUCUUAUCAGCACACCUCACUGCAUCAUUAUGUUUGUUUAUUUUAUGUUGUGGACUUUUAAAUCAGCUCCUGCUGUUAAAUUUAAAGCAUCAUCAUGGGACUUCUUUGAUUUGUAACUAUUGCAUUAAUUUAAUCUUUAAUGACAUUUUAAUUUAUAUCUGUUGUGAGGCUGAGUUCCUGCAGGCUGUUUCUAUUAAAUAUCCAAAAAUAAAAUGCACUGAAGUCUG